CCAACCAAUAACAUCAAAAUCCACGGAUCGCUAAUUCAUACCGUCGAAAAUCUUCCAAUCCAACGGUAAAUAUUCUCCUCUCCCAUUGGUAACCCCAAAAAACACUCCAAGCACCUGCCUAUUUAAAUCCCAUCCACGUCGCACCGCUUACCAACAGCCAAAGCUCGAGAGAGAAAGAAAAGAAUCCGUUUCGGACUUCGCGUUCAAAUUUUCGCUCAAGUAACUAAAAAUGUCGGGCCGUGGAAAGGGAGGCAAGGGAUUGGGAAAGGGAGGAGCCAAGAGGCAUAGGAAGGUGCUCCGGGAUAACAUUCAGGGCAUCACUAAGCCGGCGAUUCGAAGGUUGGCUCGUAGAGGUGGCGUGAAGAGAAUCAGUGGCUUGAUCUACGAGGAAACACGUGGUGUCCUCAAGAUCUUUCUGGAAAAUGUGAUCCGUGACGCCGUUACCUAUACGGAACACGCCAGGCGCAAGACUGUUACCGCCAUGGAUGUUGUCUACGCUCUCAAGAGGCAGGGUAGGACUCUUUACGGUUUCGGUGGUUAAGUCGAUUUGAGGGGUCGAUUGGUUGAGUUUGUAAAUCUUUUUCACAACAGUUUGUUGUGUAGCUUGAUGGUUUAGGUUUUGUUUUCUUAGCUUCCUUUGUUAGAAUGUGUCAUGAUUUCAAUCUGCAAUGAAAGUUGUUUCUGAGUUUCAUAUCAAAAUCCAAUAGAGUUCUUAAUAUUAGCUUUCAAA